AUGCACGACUCCCACAAGAGGACUUCUAUCAGUCAACUCCUCAAUCCAUCAUCCGACUCCUCAGUCUACUCCCAUGCUACUCAUCUUCCAUCGCCUGUCGCUGUUUCUCAGUACCAACACCCUCCACAUCAGCAACAGCCAAACUAUAAUCAGCCAAUAGACUCUGCUUCAUCUUUUCAUCUCAGAGCAGCAAGCUGGGAGCCCAGUGACGACCAGUCCGUACCUAAACGUAGAAUUGACAACGGACCGGCUUUAGCUCGACCAUAUCCAUUGCCACCCCACCAUCAUAUGCAUACCGAACCUAAUGGUGACAUGGUACCUCGCCAGGGUAGAUCAAGGAUGGAUGACGCUGCAAACUACGCAAUGCCAACUAAUUCUUGGCCAUCUCAAGCAGAUAUGUCAAAUCCUUCCUAUGGAUCUCCCAUCGUCGCCCCAAUGUAUUCAGACGAGCGAACAGCCUUAUCGGGCGACUAUCCACCAAACACUCAGUUCCAUCCCGCGCAAAACUUUCAUCCUCAACAACUACCACCAGGACAUCCUGCUUCAUCCUUGCAGCAUGCUGAAAGAGCUUCUGUUCGUAUAGCCGCCCGCUUUACGGCGCCCUUACCAGGGCAACCGAUUUAUGAGAUGGCUCCAAUGCAUCCACCAGCAGGAAUUUUCUUGUAUCACGCGCCUCCCCUUCCCCCACAAAAGCGUCCUUCAACUGAAGAUGACCAGGCACCGAAGACUAAGAAGGCGAAAACUAAAGCGAAGACUACAGAGGGAAAUGGUUCAUCCAAGCGGGGUUAUAACGCUAAGAAGCGCAGCGAAGCUGCACAGAUUGCAGCCCAAAAUGCCCAGUUGAUGCCAACUGUUUCUUACGCGUCGACCCCUACCGACAAGGGCAAAGAGAAAACAGCAGAAUCUCCAAUGCGCAUGGUGACGGGCGACCACGGACAAAACAGCGACGCUUCAGCUCAGCUGCACCCCGAAUUACAAUUUGCUCGGUGCAUGUCAAAUCGAUAUAGAUCUGAACAGUUCCCACGCUGUGUGUCGUGCACACGUCGCUGGGCCGGUGACACAUGCAGAUUCCAAGGCAUACGGUUUUUCUUGAAAGACAAUCAGAGAAAUAUUGUUGGUGUCAGCUUCGUUGAGAAUCAGCGACCUGAUGCGCCAAACAUGAGUUUCCCCGUGAGCUGGAAUGUCUCGCUGACGCCCACCCAUAUACGGCGAACGAAAAGGACGAUAGCUCAGGCUCUUCUCCCAACACUUCGUCAGGAGCUGCAACACUUGAACUACCCGGAAAUCAUCCGGAGGACCCGAGAAAGCGAAGUGCGCGCCACUUGUGAUACUUGCAUGACAUCGAUUUUCUCUAGCAGUUGGAUGUGCCGAUUGUGUGGCAGAGAAGCAUGUGCUGAAUGUUUUGAACAAGUGAAAGAUCUCACCGAAGAUAAACCUGGUGCAGGCCAGGCUGAAAUUGCUGCACUCCAGGCCCGCCGAGAAAAACAUGCUCACAGCAACCCAUUUUUCUUGUCUUGUACGCGGCGGAACGAGCAUCACGCAAAGGACUUUUCACCGAUGUCGCGCUUUUGUAAAGCCGAGCUUGCACAGGCGAUUAAGGAUAUGGAAGCUAUUCUUCUGGAGCCGGAUAAUGAUGCACUCCCUGACGCCGGACCAGUAGAUCCAUUACAGGCAAACGGGGGCACUCUAUCCUCUGCCCAGGUUUCAAAUCCGCAAAUUGGCGGCGAGGCAUCGAUGCCAGAGCCGUCAAUCUCCUCUGUUCCCCAACACGGCCUAUCACAAGACGGUGUUUUCCACCCGGAAUCAGCGCCAGCAAUUGCAUCAUCUGCUUCACAGUUCGCCGAGCCACCGCUGUCAGCCUCCGUAGUGCCACCGUCUGAUGAUCAGAAUUCUGCUCCGUCAAGCGAUAUACCUUCACAUCCGACCACUACCAUCUCUGACUCGCAGCUUACAGAGGACGUUUUCCGCCCCUUGUGGGCUAAAGGAGAACCAAUUGUGGUCACCGAGUUGCUGCCCAAGUUCCAGAUUCAGUGGACGCCUGAGUACUUCGUACAGAAGUACACCUCUCAGAGCUGCCUCAUUUUGGAGUGCCAAAGCGAUGUGAAUAAACGUGUGACGGUAGGCGAGUUCUUCUCGUGGUUUGGAAAAUAUGAAGGGCGGGUGGAGUGCUGGAAGCUCAAGGAUUGGCCACCAUCGACAGAUUUCAAAACUGCAUUUCCUGAACUUUUUGAGGAUUUCAGUCGGGCUGUACCUGUGCCCAAUUAUGUUCGUCGAGAUGGAGCCCUCAAUAUUGCCUCACAUUUCCCCAGCAAUACAGUUGCACCGGAUUUAGGACCUAAGAUGUACAAUGCGAUGUCGUCUUUCGAGUCGGCAGGCAGCAAGGGGUCAACGAGACUUCACAUGGACAUGGCUGAUGCCGUAAACAUUAUGACUUAUGCGUCUACUACACCAGACGGUAAACCAGGAUGUGCAGCAUGGGACCUCUUCCGUGCGCAAGAUGCAGAGAAACUGCGUACUUUCCUCCGAAGGAAGUUUAAGGGCACAUAUCAACACGACCCGAUCCACUCCCAACAGUUUUACCUAGAUAGUCAGCUACGGAAAGAGCUGUAUGAUGUGCAUGGCAUCAAGAGUCAUCGGGUAUAUCAGAGACCAGGAGAAGCCAUAUUCAUUCCAGCCGGUUGCGCUCAUCAGGUAUGCAAUCUCGCGGACUGUAUCAAAGUCGCAGUCGAUUUCGUCAGUCCCGAGAACAUUGCGCGCUGUGAGAAAUUAACACGCGAAUUCCGAGAGCAAAACCAGUCCAUGGCGUGGAAGGAGGACGUUCUUCAACUUCGUACUAUGAUGUGGUUUGCAUGGCUUUCGUGCUGUCGGCAAGAGAAAGAGAUGAACGAGCCUUGA